AUGGACCUGCUCGACUCGGCGCGCGACGUGCUCGCCCUCUCCUCCGCCUCGACCUCCAAGAGCUCGUCCACUAUCGCCUCGACGAGCACAAGAACCGGCGACCUCGUUCGCCGAUGGUGCGAGGCGCUCAAGGACGAUUCUCUCGCUCUCGACGACAAGGAGGUCGUCGUGCGAGCGCUGCGGGCCACUAAGUCGAGCGAGGACCACGCCCGCAUCCUCGACUCGACCGCCCCUUUCCUCCUCGACCCGCUCCCGUCGCUCCGCCUUCAAGCCGCUCUCUGCGUUCUCCAGCACGUCAGCACCUCGCCGACAACUCUUGUACACGCCCACCUGUCGGCCCUCGUCUCGGCAAUCAGCCGCGCCCUCGGGCCGCUCCCGUACCAGCUCCCAUCCGCCUCGUCAACCCUGCACCGCUUCGCCUCGACCUGCCUGCGCAUCCUCAACGCCGUCGUCCUCAAGAUCCACCCUCUCCCGCCCGACACCUCCGCUGCACUCCCGGCGCUCCUGGCCACCUGGAUCUACCACGGCGCCGGCCCAGUCGGCGCCGUCACGCCCGCCGUCGACCGAGGUCGCACGCCUGCGAGCACGCCCCUGUCGUUCGGCGUCAUGAGCGCGUUUGCUCAGUCGGCACCUGCGGUGUCGACGAGGAGGAGGCAGGGCUCGACGGCGUCGGCGACGAGCUCGCGAGCGUCGUCGGCGAGGCGGAAUGGGCCAGGGUCCGACUCGGAGGAGGACGGCAGCAGGAAAUACGACCGCCGGCGUGACUCGGCCCAGAUUCGGCACGACGCCCUGACCUGCCUGCGCUCCCUCGCCCUCGCAUGCGCCGCGCUCGACGCCCUCCUCGAGGACUCGGCCCCGUACCUCGCCCUCGCAGAAGAUCGCUCGACCUCCUCGUCCUUCACCUCGUUGUCGGCCAAGCUCGGUGAGACGGUCUCGGAGCUGCACCUCGCCCUGUCGUCGCUCCUGCGCAACCCGACGACGAGCACGACCGACCGCGAGGACCUGCACCUCGCGCUCCUCGGCCUCGCCGCAAAGGUCGCGCGCAACUCGCCGUACGGGCGCAUCAAGCGGGCGCUCGCUCGUCAGCUCGCGACGGCCGUGCUCCCGGACCUCGCUUCUUCUUCUCACGCCUUGACGGCGAUCGCCGAGCGCUACACCGCCACGUCGAGCACGCAGACGUUCGACUGGCAGGAGCUCGGCGCCGCCACGGCGCCUCUACUCGACGAGGCUGGCCCCGAGGAGGUCCAGGUCGCCGGGUGGACGCUCCUCGCGGCGCUCGUGCCCGUGAACGGCCCGCAUAACUGGUCCGCCGAGCUCGCGCGCCUUCUCAACCCGCCGCUCGCUUCCCCCUCCCUCGCCCUCGCCCUCGCCCACACCGCCUUCCUCGUCGCCCUCGCCGACACCUCUCACGAUCCACGAACACUACCGCCCUCCUUCCCCGCCAUCCUGUCCGCCGCUCUCGACUCGCCGUACGCGCCCGUGCGCGCUCGAGCCUGCAGCGCCCUCCCGGGUCGAGCGCUCGCGCCGCCCACGUCGAGCCUCGACGCCUGGCGCCUGGCGCUCACGCUCGUUGAACGCGACCCGUCGCCGCUCGUGCGCGACGCGGCGUGUCGCGCGCUCGGGCUGCUCGCCAAGGCGGAGCCGGCGGCUCGAGGGCGCAGGUCGGCGGGCGAGGUGCGAGAGGCGGUGAGGGUCCUCGUGGCGGCUCUGGGCGACGUUGAGGUGGGGAGCGAGGAGGGCGGGCACGAGAGGGCGGCUGGAUUGGAGGCGGGUGGGGCGCUGUGGACGUUGGCGAACUGCUGCGACCUCCUCGUUGACGGCGACAUCUCGGACGACGAGCUCGCCCAGAUCCUGUCGACCGCGCUCGGCAGCCUCGCGAGCGACGAAAGCGACGAGCAGGUGCGCACGAGCGCUUUCCGCAUCGUCGCCGCCAUCGGACGUCGCAUACGCGCCCGUGACGAGCUCGUCGAGGACCGCGUCUUCGAGGCCGUGCAGGUCGGCUUGGACCAUCCCGCAGCCAAGGUCCGCUGGAACGCCGCCCUCGCCGCUGCAUCCCUUCUCGCCUCUUCCCCUUCCUCCUCCUCGCCUCGCGCCCGCAUCCUCCUCUCGACGCUCCUCGCCGCCAUCCUCGCCGAUUCGAGCUACAAGGUGCGCAUCCAGGCGUGCGGCGCGCUCCUGUCGGCGCAGCGGGCGGGCACGGCGCUCCCGGCGGGCGAGGCGGAUCGUGUCGCCGAGGCGGGUCGGCAGGUCCGGCUUGCGCUCGAAGAGCGGCGGGUGUCGCAGCGGGAGAAGGGUCACGCCGAGCGUCUUCUUGCCCUUCUCGACGACCUCUCGAGCCGUCUAUAG